AUGCCGAGCACCGCAGAGCGUGAUCAGCUGUGGCUUUGCGUACCCUGCAAAGAUGACAGUUCUUACUUCCACCUCUGCAAUCGAUCUUCGGGCAUGCAGGUCCUAGAGAUUCGUGGUGGCGGCCCUGGGCACAGCGCUGCAUCGCUGAGGCUGUCCGAGUAUUCUGGCGGUGACCGGCAGAAGUGGAAGGUUGACAGUGGUCGUAUCACCAGCAAGCUGGACUGCAAGCCGGACAAUCAAGCCGCUCCGCUGAAGUUCUGCAUUGACGUGGUGGGGGCGCAGGAUGCAAAUAGUGCAGCUGUAUGUGCCUACGCCGCGAACGGUGGUCGUAACCAGCAAUGGGAGCUGGAAGUUGUGGGUCAGGCUGGCAGCGCGCGCUUGGUUCGCAUUGUGUCCCACAUGGAAGGCAGGCGGCUGCUCACCGUGGAGAAGGGAGACCAAAUGCGGAAAGACAUGGUCUUGGAGAUCGGAUAUUUGGCACGCUGGUCCGGGGAAGCAGGAUUGGUGCAGCUGCAGAAAGUGGUAUGGAACAAUGGCGUGCCGCAGGCGAUUAUCGAAGAGCGCCUGGGCAAGCAGCUGGGAAGAGGCACAGGAGACGCGGAUAAGGCUUGUAUUCUGCAAGACAUUCGGCGUGGUCUCGCCAUUCGUCAGCACGACUUUGCCCUUUUCGGGUGGAGGUCCGUUACACCCCGCAAAGGGCUGCAAAGAGCUUGCUCCCAGUUGCUCAGCGCAUUCAGCACCACGGGGAAUGGGGGUGGCAACAGAUUCCGUGACCUGCUUGUCCGGACACGCUGCAUUCGUGAGGUUGCUCACGUCCUUCGGCGAAUUCACAGCGAUGGAUUUGCCCCUGCAUUGCCGCAGGCUUUUUUGAUUGAUCGGGUGACCUCCGUCACAACGCUGUACCGCAUCGUGCUGGCGCUGCCAAUCGAGCUGCCCCGCUCAAUGCAGGACAGCUACAAGCUGAUCGAUCUUGGCAGCGUUACCCGCACUGCCUCAGAGCAUCAGGCUUCUCUAGAUAUGCAAGGUCGAGGUGACUGGCGUGCAUUUGCGCUUGCUUUCCUGGGGCUGAUUCUGAAUGGCAGGCAGCUGGAUGUUUGGGUCCUUAUCGGCACGAACUCCUGCAUCAAAGCGAGCUCUGGCCUGGAGUGCUCCUGGUCCUCGCCCUCCUCUGACCAGGCCGGGAUUCCGCAAGAUGUCGAGGAGAUGCUCACCGAAAAUCGCGGGCUUUGGGCUGCGUGGGAGGAGCUCCUCUGGGAGAGGGUGCUGCUUGCGCUCUUUGCGAGAUGCGGCUUGGCUAAGCGGCCGGCUACGGUACGGUUAAAGAGAGAAAAUGCUUACUUCAUUGCGCCAACGCGACCCGCCUCGGCACAGCCUGCACGUGAGCUGGACUUCUAG